AUGGGCCCGCGGGGUCGGGUGCUGCUGCCGCUGCUCCCGCCGCCCCCGGCACAGAGCCUCAAAGGCAGUGCUGUGACUGUCCCAGAAACGCUGCUCUUCAUCUCCACACUGGAUGGGAACCUCCAUGCCGUCAGCAAGAGCACAGGGGAGAUCAAGUGGACUCUGAAGGACGAUCCCAUUCUGCAGGUGCCGGUGUAUGUGGCAGAGCCAGCAUUCCUUCCAGACCCCAAUGAUGGCAGCCUGUAUAUCCUGGGAGGAAAGAACAAAGAAGGCUUGAUGAAGCUGCCGUUCACCAUCCCAGAGCUGGUGCAGGCGUCGCCGUGCCGCAGCUCGGACGGGGUGCUCUACACCGGGAAGAAACAGGACACGUGGUUCGUUGUGGACCCCAAGUCAGGGGAGAAGCAGACCACCCUCUCCACAGAGGCUUGGGAUGGUCUGUGCCCAUCCAGCCCCUUGCUGUACAUCGGACGGACCCAGUACAUCAUCACCAUGUAUGACACCAAGUCACGGGAACUGCGCUGGAAUGCCACCUUCUCUGAGUACUCGGCCCCGCUCUGCGAGGAGUCCUACCACUACAAAAUGGCACACUUGGCCUCGAGUGGGGACGGGCUGGUGGUGACCCUGGACAAGGACAGCGGGGAGGUCCUGUGGGCGCAGAACUACGGCUCGCCUGUGGUCGGCAUCUACCUGUGGCACCAGGACAGCCUGCGCCGCCUCCCGCACCUCAACCUGGCCAUGGAGACCCUGCGCUACCUGACCUUCCAGUCCCAGGACAUCCACGUGCUCAAGUGGAGCUACCAGUCCUUCAAGGACUUCGCCGCCACCAAGACGCAGCUGCUGCCAGCGCUCUACGUGGGGAAGCACGCGGCCGGUUUCUACGCCGUGACGUCCCUGGUGCACGGCAGCGUGGCGCUGGUGCCCCAGGGCAUCACGCUGGCCAGGAUCGACGGCCCCACCACGGACGACGUGACCAUGAGGGAGUCCGGGGAGUGUGAGAUCAUGCCCAGCACCAACGUCAAGUACCCGCAGGGCAGCAUCACCUCACUUCACAACCAGUGGCUCCUCAUAGGGCACCAUGAGCUGCCUCCCGUGGUUCACACCACGAUGCUGCGAGCUUUCCCAGAGAACCUGAGGAAAACCACGGAAACCAUCAUCCCCAGGGCUCCUCCCGCCAGGACCGUGUUCGAUGAUUUCCUGGCCCCGAGCAGCCCGGAGGAGCCAGCUGUGCGCAGCGAGGGGCAGCUCCAGCCGGACCCCACGCAGGAGGAGCAGCUGGAGGUGUACCCCGAGUCUGGCACCUGGGACCUGGCCAUCGGCGUUGGCACAGCUCUGCUGGGCGGGGGAAUCCUGGUCCUGCUGCUCACAAAACUGCAGCGGCAGCAUGUGGAGGAGCAGAUACAGCUCCUGCAGCAGCAGCAGGAGAUGCUGCACCCGGGCCAAGUCUCCAGGGAGGGCAUCCCUGAGGAGCCCAGGGAGCUGGAGCUGAGCCAGGGAAGUGCAGCAGAGCUCUCACAGAGCUCCAGCCCCUCAGCCUGCCUGAAGGCUAACGGGACAGUCAGCCCAGAGCCAGCUGUCCCAGUGGCUGCUGAAGAUGCAGAACCAGAUCUGGUUGUAGUUGGGAAAGUUUCUUUUAACCCCAAAGAUGUGCUGGGCCAUGGAGCUGGAGGAACCUUUGUCUUCAGGGGGCAGUUUGAGGGCCGGAACGUGGCCGUGAAGCGUCUCCUGCCUGAGUGUGUCCACCUGCUUGACCGUGAGGUCCGGCUGCUGCGGGAGUCGGACGAGCACCCCCACGUCGUCCGCUACUUCUGCACGGAGAGGGACCGGCAGUUCCACUACAUUGCCAUCGAGCUGUGCUCCGCCACGCUGCAGGAGUACGUGGAGAGCCCCAGCUUUGACCGCCGGGGGCUGGACCCGGUGUCGGUGCUGCGUCAGACCAUGUCCGGGCUGGCCCACCUGCACUCCCUCAGCAUCGUGCACCGGGACCUGAAGCCCUGUAACAUCCUCAUCUCUGUCCCCAAUCGCCACGGGCACAUCCGCGCCGUCAUCUCCGACUUCGGCCUUUGCAAGAAGCUUCAUGGGGGACGACAGAGCUUCAGCCUCCGCUCUGGGAUCCCCGGCACCGAGGGCUGGAUCGCGCCCGAGGUGCUGCAGGAGGCCCCGAAGGAGAACCCUACCAGUGCUGUGGACAUCUUCUCUGCUGGGUGCAUCUUCUACUACGUGGUGUCAGGGGGACAGCACCCCUUUGGGGACAGCCUGCGGCGCCAGGCCAACAUCCUGGCGGGCUCCUACCAGCUGAGCUGCCUGCAGGAGGAGGCUCACGACAAACUCAUUGCAAGGGAGCUGAUUGUGGCAAUGAUCAACUCCGAGCCCCAGCGCCGACCCUCGGCCCCCGUGGUCCUUGUGCAUCCCUUUUUCUGGAGUCAGGAGAAGCAGCUGCAUUUCUUCCAGGACGUCAGUGACCGUGUGGAGAAGGAGCCAGCUGAGGGGCGAAUCGUCUCAGCCCUGGAGUCAGGGGGACGGGCGGUGGUGAGGACCAACUGGAGGAUGCACAUCUCCCUCCCACUGCAGAUGGACCUGAGGAAGUUCCGCACCUACAAGGGAGGGUCAGUGCGUGACCUGCUGCGGGCCAUGAGGAACAAGAAGCACCACUACCACGAGCUGCCGGCCGAUGUCCGGCUGGCGCUGGGCUCUGUCCCCGAGGGCUUCGUGCAGUACUUCACCUCCCGCUUCCCCCGGCUGCUGCUGCACACACACAGGGCCAUGCAGCUCUGUGCCCACGAGCGCAUCUUCCACUGCUACUACAGCCAGGGCCCGAGGGGCGACGGCGCCUGAGCGGCCACAGCCACGGCUGGAGGGCACAGCCACGGCUGGAGGGCACAGCCACCACUCCUGCCCGGGGCCUGCUCUGUGGCCUCCUGCCAGGGCCGGCCAGGGCCCAGCAGGCCGGGCAGCAGAGACGGGCACGGGGCAAUAGAGAUGGGCACGGGGCAAUAGAGAUGGGCACAGGGCAGCAGAGAUGGGCACAGGGCAGCAGAGACGGGCACAGGGCAAUAGAGAUGGGCACGGGGCAGCAGAGACGGGGACAGGGCUGCACUGUGCUUGCACCUGGGCUUUCCUGAGGGACCCUCUGGGCAAUCACAGUCAGACUGGAGUGUGAAGGCAUUUGGGUCAGAAAACAAAGCCAUCUCAGCUGGACACAGCACUCGGAGAAUUAAGAGGAAAACACAACGUGUUUUCUCAAGCUGGCAUCUGUCCUGGGGAGACAGUCACCAGGGACAGGGAGCUUUGUCCUGUGUGUUCUCUCCUGUGCCAGGGGCUGCCUCUCCUUGAGCUGUGCCCAGGCCCCGCUCACAGGGAGCUGUGCUCAGCCCCACAGUGGAGGUGCCAAUCUCAGCUGGGCUCAGAACAAGGGUUUCUCCCUUAGGGUCCCCAGCAGCCUGUACCUCUGCCAGGCCUGAGCCCCCCCCCGAGCAGCUGUACAGCACUCCAGGAGCACUUCUCCUGGGCACAAAGGAGGGAAUUCCUUUCCCCUGGGAUCCUUCCCUCAAAGACAGGCCCUGUGCCUGCAGCUCCCCAGCCUCUCCAGCUGCCCAGGCUGCUGUCCCAUAGGUGCUCUGGUUCAUGGCAGUCCCAUGGCCCUGGGUCCCUGUGAGCCAGCAAAGUUCCUCUGUGGAACAGCAAUAAUUUUGUACAGUCUGAUUCGUGUAUGUGCUGGGGUGUGGGAUUUUGUUACACUGGUAACAGGGUUUGUACCAGGUUUCUUUACAGAAUAUAUUUAUACAAAAUGUUAUAAAAAUUAAAAAAUAAAAACUGAAAAGCUUGUCCUGCUUAAAAA